GCUUUGAGAGAUAAAUUUGAUUGUAAUGAGGCGUGGAUUUUUUGGCAAUUUUGAAUAAACGCCCAGAUCUGCAUAUACUAGGAUGAACAUAUCUAUUUUAAUCUCCCCUAAACACAUUUUUUCCAUCUCCCAAAAAUAAAAUUUUUUCUUAUAAUUUUAAAAAAUAAAUGAACAACAAUACCACCAGGAGAGCUAGAGCUCCUAGCCCUAUCAAGAGGGAAAAGCGAUCAAGGAAGAGACACCACUCCGCUGAUCGCUCUCGUUCACCAAUUAGCCUUUCACCCAUUGUUGAUGUGAAAUGGCAUGAAAGAGUUAAUUUAUUCGUCGAGACAGAACGACAAAAGCGGCAAUUUCAUAAAGAAUUGGACCAGAAGCAACUGCUUAAUUGUAUUAAGAGCAGUUGCAGGAAGCUUGUGCAUUAUUGUGGAUUGACGGUUAAUCAUGGAGGAGCUCCUCUUAAUGAACAGGGAGGAAAUAUGCCUCAGCAAGAGCAACAACAACAACAGAACAAUAAUCAACAACUCUAUAACGUCCGCCGAUUCCCGAAAAAUUUUAAAUUGCGUAAAGAAGAUUUAUGUGUAGCGUGUAUGGAGCGUCCACCCGUAACUCUUCAUCUGUGUGGUCACGUCACCUUCUGUUUCUGGUGCACGGAGAAAGCGAUGACUGACCACCGAAACAGUAUUCUGCAUGCUAUUCCAGGGCAAUCAGUACAACCGAUAACGUGUGCAAUUUGCAGAAAUCAGAGUUCAUUUCGAAGAAUUACACGUUUUUAA